AUGAGCUCGCGAAGUGCGCAAAACUGCGUCCAUGAGGGGAACGACGUGCUGGUAGCAGACUUGCUGGUACUGAAACAGCGCAUACGCGAGUCCUCGCAUCUUUCGUCGAACUACGGACGCGCGAUUGCCUCGAUCCGGGCACACCCGACGCCUCUCCGCAGCGCCUGCGAGGCCCGGCGGCUUAAGAACAUUGGCAACUAUUUGUCCAAUCAGAUCCACUGUAUUCUGAAAAAGAGAGGCCUCUUACAAGACGAAUCGCCACCCGUUUCCAGACCCAUUUUAUCCGUGACUUUGCCCCCAAAUACAGCAAUAACGACAGAGGACCGUAUACCGAGGGAGUACGCUCCGGUAUACCGCAAGCAGCCAUGGUAUGUGUUGCUGGCACUGCUGGAGGCCCAAGCAGUGGACGAAGACGCGGCCGUGCCGAUGACCUCGUUGUUGCAGAGGAUGCUCAAAGCUGGGUACACUGGCGACAGCGACAAGUUGCGCGCGUGUCUCAUGUCGCUCAGUGGCACGCACGACGUGGUGACGCGGUCGAACUUGGGGUUUUACUAUUUGACAGACAAGGGUCAACGUAGUGCUGAGCUGUGUCCUAAAGCACCGACAGGAUCAUGUAUGAGUGUCGCGGCUACUGCGACAAUCUCAAAUACCGAUGUUUCUACUGCUGCUGCAAAAAAGCAGAAGUAUUUGGCAAGUGUAGCUAUCCAUCAGCGUCCGUUGAAUUCGGACUUGACGUGUAUUGAGGUGGACAGCUCGGACGAUCAUGCCUUUUCGGAAAGAGUUGUUGAACCAGAUCCUGAACCGAUGGAGAAGAGCUGCACUGGUUUAAAAGAAUUCAUCCAAGAGACGGAUACGUGGGAGUUGGUGCUGCUAUUAGAUCAUCGUGAGGUUAUUGAACGACGCAAUCCACACAUUCUAGAGCGAAAGCUACUGGAGCGAAACGUGAAUUGCGAAGUCCGUGCACUUGGUGUCGGUGAUGUCCAGUGGAUAGCUCGCCGACAUCGUGUCAACGAAGCUACGGAGGAAUUUAUGAUGAACGUCAUUGUCGAGCGGAAGGAAGUGCACGAUCUGUCGAGCAGUAUUAUCGACCGUCGCUUUAUCGAACAGAAAUUGCGCCUGGCAACCGUGCGAGAGAAUUGCGGUGACGUGCAUGUUAUUUAUCUCAUCGAAGGCUCUCUGACGCAAAUAACUACAGUGCGCACGAGCGGGCUCCACACGACUAUGGGUCGUACACAAGUGCAAAAUAACUUUUUCGUUCAGCAGUGCCGGAACGCGGACGAAACCGUGACGUUUCUUGCUCGUGUGCAUGCGCGUUUGCUAUCAAAUUUCCCGCCGAUCUCGAGGUCUGCCAAGCCUGUAACCACACACCUGCUAUCCCAAAGAGAGUUCGACUCGGACACAUUCGCACGGUCUUUUUGCGUACCGCCUCAAACCUUCGCGCCGUUCAAUUCGUUGUUUCGAAAGAAGAACCAGUUUACCGUGCAAGAAAUUUAUCAACGGAUGCUGUUGCAAGCACCCGGACUGAGCGCUGCCAAGACGGUCAGUUUGUCAGCGAAGUACCCGAAUUUUUGUGAGUUGGUGAGCGCUUUGCGCAAACGUGGUCGAGACAGUGAAGUUGAGCACGUCCGAUGCGGGAAGACCCAGCGUCGCCUUGGCUUGAAGGCACGCGAGUGUCUUGGCGAGUUGCUGACUUCCAGUCAGUACACGGAAGACAUGUGA